AUGUGCGUCGUGCUUGUAUUUGUUUUAUUACUCUCUGUGCUUGGCGUUGACGCAGAAGAGGAGGACGUGAGGAAAAACGAUGAGGUGGUGGCGCGUCUGCGCGAGGAGUUGGCGGAGGAGGGCGUUGAGCCGUUGCCAGAACCGCCCCGAGAACUCGGUGCUCAUGCCGCCUGCGUGAGGCACGGCGUGGGAUGCCCGGACGAAUACGUGGAAUUUCUGGAGUCGUUGCAGAGGACCCCACACACUUUUCCGGAGGCGACGCCGAGAAACGAUGCAAUGCUUGCGGCACGGAGCGGAAAUAUGUGGCGCCAAACGCCACGCCAUGGCGCUGGAGAGGGAGGGGCCUAUUCACGUAAGGGUGAAGAUGCUGUUAUUGAGGUUCAACUGGAGAAUAUGCGGCGUCUGCGUGAUGUAAUGCGUGAGCGGUUGGCCAGGCAGCAGUCGCCCGAGCAACAGUGGAAGUGCAAAGAGUUUCUGUGGAUUAGCAGAGGGCUGAAAAUGAUUGAGGCCAUGCAUUCCGUAUUAUUGCAAAAGUACUGGAAGUUUGUCAUGAAUCAGCUUCUUCCAUGCGUCCUGCUUGUUUUUGUGACAGUGUGGGUCUUUACUGGCAACCGUAUUCCGCGUGAGCACUUGCGCAGUCUCCUUGCCGAUGAUCCCGUCCCUGUCUUCAAUGAGGUCAUAAUCCGCCGCAAGUCGCCACAAUCCGUGGCGCAGCUUGUGAUGGAGCGUGAAAGCCACAAUUUCUCCAGUAUGGUUGACAUCGAUGAUGGUAGCAGCAGCCCCACUGCCGUCCCUAAUGGCUUUGCGAAGGAAAAAGAGGACUCCAUGCAGGCGAUUAUAAAUUAUCGCCGUGAUCGUUGGUUUGCUACCCGCUUUGCCCUGCUUGAGGCGUACCAUGAAGCCCAUAUUGCGGGGGUAGUUUUGAGACUUCGCCUGGCGUUAAGUGCAGCUGUUUUUCUGAUGCUUUGCUGGACUCUUUUCUCCCUCGUGCUGCGAGCUUCCGAGGUGCGCAGAAACAGUGACGGUGGAAUAAUACAGCACCUAUUGGUUAUUCUCUUUCCGUCAUGGGUGACGACCUCUUUCGUACUGUACAUUGGCUGGUCGUGGAUUGGCGGCAUGGUGGCAUACGCCGCGUGGGAGCUAUUGUCUACUGGGGAGGCUCUGGUGCGCACGGGUGAGCGCGCGGCUGCUCUUCAUGAGAAGAUUCUGGAGCGCUGGUGCGGCUGA